GCCGCAGUCAGCCGCAGAAGAGUGUACACAGACCUAUGACGAGGCACGUAUUCUUGUUGCAUCAAUCUGACAACGUGUAGAUCAACUGCAGGAGCUCGGCCUACGUAGACUGGACGGUGGCUCGGCCGCUGGAGCUUCGGAUAAAGCUUCGAAAGAAACCCUCCAUGGCUGGGAGGACACGAGCGACGCUAAGACGGACAACAAGCAUGACGCCUCGGGAUUAAGUAGACAUGCCAUGCCUACGCAGGCUUCACUUCGUCCUCUGCCCCCAUUGCCUACGAAGUUGCCGCCGCCCGCACGCCAGAGCGAGGUGAAGACACCAAAACACUUCCAUAGGCUAUCAAUACCACCAUCACUGAAGCUAUCGCCGUCACACGCAACCUUCCCGAGGAGAGCGCCCCAAAAGCUCGCCGCUAGCAGCUCGCUGUCGACCUUGAGGGAGCAGCCGUCGGUCGACGAAUGGAUUCAGAAGACGCCAAGCCCGGUCAAGUCCAUCAGAAACACCAUCAGCUCGCCAACACCAGAGGGCAGGAAGCGAGGUAAUUCUAUUGCCGCGCUGAGGGAAGUCGUAUCGAAGGCAUUGAGGCGUCGCGGGGGGUCGGACUCGCCGGAGUCUGUCGAUUCACCGCUGCUCGCUACGACUGAGCGAUGCUAGAUGGCACAAGGUACGUUGAGUGCUGCGAUUUCCUUGAUG